GCUAGUGCUCAGUUCCCUUCGAUCGUUGGUAACGCCUGCCUAUUUUUCGCUUUCGCGCUGCCAAGUUGGAGUACAUGCAAGAAUUCACAAGAAUUCACAAUUCAUUCCCUCGUGGAUCUUGUUUUUGUCAUGGAAAUCCCUUUUGGAGCUUUAAAGUAUUUAAUACAUGUGUACAUGAAUGUAUCCAGCGCUGUGACGUUUCAUCAAAGCGAAGAAACCUGCAUGGGUUCAACUUCGGUUCGAGAAGCUCCACGCCCCCCCUACUUCAGCAGUGAUAAUAAUGACAUCGGCAGCAAAUCUGGCGAACAGAAAAUCGAAGGGAAAGGAUGCUCGUAGACCUAGCACAGCCCUUGGAUAUGACGAUGUGGUUGACAGCGGUGACCUUUUCAGCGCAGAACAGAAGGAACUUUUGGAUCUUAUUGAGCAACAGGAUGUGAACGAGGUGCGGGAGUUCUUCGCUCAAGGGCCAGCUUUUGAUGUGAGUCGAGGCGAAAUAGGACGAGUUGCUCUACGUUUAGCUAUUUACAACGAACGAGCGGACAUCGUAGAGAUUUUGCUUGAAAAUGGUGUUGGUGUAGGGAAUGCUCUUUUCGCGGCAGUUGUCAAAGGUUCUAGAGAAUGUGUUGAGCUAUUUCUCGACAGUCGUUUUUUCAAUAGAUCUAGAGGCGACAUUGGACCAACUGAUCGGCGAGAGGGAUUCUUCAUGAGCCCACUGAUGCUAGCAGUUCGACUCAAAGAUCACGACAUUAUUCAGUACAUGUUGUCCAAAGGUUUUGGAAUCAACCAUCCUGAGGAGUGCCAACCGAAAAAGCAACUGCCAAGUGACAACCAAGAAGAAAUACAGUUCUUGCUACACAUAAAUGCUUACCGUACUCUUUCAAAUCCUCUAUACAUGGGAUAUUCUUAUCUGUAUAACCCUGAAAGUGAGCAUCCAUUAGUUACUGCAUUCACUCUGCACAAAACACUUGAUGGCAAGGCCAUAGCUGAUCAUGAAUUCAAGAAAGACUAUGAAGAACUGUCUGAAGGGUGUGAAGAGUUUGCAGUUGGUCUUCUGGAGCAGUGCAGGACAUCCGAUGAAAUUAAAAUUCUGACAGAUAUUCGACUGGACACAAGUCAUGGACUUUGUAGGAAUGAAAAGCAGGACUUUGAGUUUUGUGCACACACAGAAGAAGCUAAGGAGCUCAUAUUCCUUAACAUGGCAUUGAGGAAUAAUAAUGACAAGCUCGUCGCUCAUCCAUACAGCCAGUUGAGGCUCAACCUAGUCUUGCACACUGGAAUUCCUGAACUAAACUGUUGCAAAAUUAUGUGGAGGAAGAGAAACUUCCUAAGUAAAGUGAUCUACAGUGUGCGUCACACCUUACUUUUCCCAUUUUUGGCUGUCAUCUACCUUUUUGCUCCAACCCUACCACUGUCCAUUGGUCUGGCAAAUCCAGUUGUGAAAUUCAUUAGUCAUACAGGUUCCUUUGCAGUUUUUCUGCUUUUGCUCAUUAUCUCUGCCUUCCAAGAUAAAUUUCAUGAAGCAGGAAAUACUCCAAGUGCUCUUGAGUGGAUUGUCUUUCUUUGGGUGGUGGGUCUGGCAGUUCAGGAGCUUAAAGUGUUUUACAGUCAAGGCUCCAACCUUUACCGACGGCAGUGGUGGAAUUUAGUCUCACUGCUCAUGAUAACCUUCUUUGUGCUUUCCUACUUUUUUCAAAUAAUUGCUUAUGGGCUAGUUGGGAGCUGGGCAGUCCUGGACAAGUUCCGCAAGUUUGUCCCCUCCUUUGGGUACCAACCUAUUUUGAUAGCCAAUAGCUUGUACACUGUCGGCAUGGUGCUGAGCUUCUUCCAUAUCUCCAGUGCUUUCCAAGUGAAUGCCACCUUUGGUCCCAUGCAGCUGUCGCUGUACCGACUGUUCAGGGAUGUGCUCAAGUUCCUGGUCUUUUUUGCAUUGCUUUUUGUGGCAUUUGGAUUGAGUCUCAGAAAGUUGUACUCACAUUACGUCAGCACACAGUAUCAGUUAAAUGAACAGGCAAAUGGAACAGGCAAUGCAAAGGGCAGAGUGGGUCAUCAUUUUGCAAGGGUAGAUAAGGGUCUGGAGAGCUUAUUUUGGUCGCUGUUUGGCUUGACUGAUUUAGAGACAUUUGGAAUUGACAAACCUGAGUUUCAGAUCACGCAGCAGACAGGAGUUGCACUGUUUGGCUUGUAUCAAGUCCUGAUUGCUGUGGUUGCAAUUAAUAUGCUGAUUGCUAUGAUGACAAGGUCUUUUGAAACCAUUGUGGAAGCAGAGGAUUUACACUGGAAGGUGUCCAGGACUCGCAUGUGGAUGAACUGGGUGAACAAAGGCAGUGUACUCCCCCCUCCAUACAAUCUUAUCCCUAAUCCUAAAGCUGUUAUUCAUUUGUUCACGAAAAUAAUGGACAAAUGCCGGGGAUUUAACCAGAAUUUAGAAUCACGUUAUGAGGUUAACGUGAACAACCACGACAUCCUUGGCGACAUACCACGAAAAGUACAUGGAUUUGAAAUGGUAAAGACCAAAUUCAACAGUUGCUCGCACAGGAGAGACGUACUUGUGCAGAUUGUAGAACGUUAUUUGCACCAAAGGAGGGAAGACAGCAGACAUGAGGACUCUGAGAACCUUAAAGACAUCAAAGCGAUUCAAGAGCUUAUGUGGCAGGAACUGGGAAGGCGUGUCGAGGGAUUUCCAAAAUCACCGUUUAAACGUACAUUCAAGAGGUCAACGGCUGCUCAGGUACAGUUCUAUUUGGUAUGUAAGAGUAGAGUUAUAGCUUGGGGAGAGUUGAAAACACUGACCCCCGCUCCGCGGACUAUCCAAUGACAUCCCCACCCCAAUCCGCAGACUACCCUACGGACUACUCCGCGGACUACUCCGUGAAUUACCCUACGGGCUACUCCGCAGACUAUCUACGGACAACUCUGCGGACUACUCUACGGGCUAUUCCGUGGAUUACCCCAUGGGCUACUCCGCAGACUAUCCUACGGACAACUCUGCGGACUACUCUACGGGGUUCCGUGGAUUACCCUAUGGGCUACUCCGUAGACUAUCUUACGGACAACUCUGCGGACUACUCUACGGGCUAUUCCGUGGAUUACCCCAUGGGCUACUCCGCAGACUAUCCUACGGACAACUCCGCGGACUACUCUACGGGGUUCCGUGGAUUACCCUAUGGGCUACUCCGUAGACUAUCCUACGG